AUGGCGUCGACCUCCUGGGAGCGCACCUCGCACGCAACUUCCUCUGAGCCUGAGUCCGAGCCCUUGCCAAGGCUUCAGAGCCCUGACGAUGCACACAGUGAGGCCUCCGCGUCGUCCAACGCGCGGGAGGUGCUCAUCAUCCUGUCUUUUCGGACCUUGUUUAUCUACUACUUCACAGAGAUGCUGCAGAGGCACGAAGUGAGUCAUCAGCUGGAUGGGGAUGACAUGCAGCACGUUGCAGCUUCGGUUGACGCCGGCCAAGAGAUUGCCAUCUUCUGGAGGUUUGGCACCGCCGAGUUCCUGAGGUGGAUCCUGGCUGAGGGCGCCUAUCCCCUGCAGGUGGCGUUCAUCUGCAGCUCGAUGGAGGAGGCGGACCUGCGCGCCGCCAUGUGCAAGGUUAUCGAGCACCUGGGGUUCUCCGUUUCAGAGCACGAGGAUGGUCUUGAGGUGGAUCGGCGCAUGAUCUACGUGUUCGGCUGGAACUAUGUGGAGUUUCCGUUUGAGGCUCAGGCAGAUGCUGUUCGAGUUCGGCGAGUACUGGUGGGGCAGAUCCUGGCCAAGACCGGCUGCCACAGAGACUCCUCGCUUUUGGUCAUAGAACGUACAGGAGUAUACUUGGAAGACGAGUCGCACAACAUGCUGGUCAUUCCCCCCUUCAUCUCGGAUGUAUUCGACACGUGGGCAUGGGAGGCAGCACCAGAUCCUGAGCUGGAGAAUCUCCGACGGUACCUCGACCGGAUCAUGUACAAGGUCCAUUGCGAGGCGUCCAUCGGCAUGAGGGAGCAUCUUGAAAACGAACCUUAUGAAGGAGUGUAA